GACCCCGCCCACCGCAAACUUCUCCCCCUCCCCGGGCCGGAGCGGGGCGGGUCGUGAGGCGGGGGUCGCGCUGGGAGGCCGGGCCCGCGCCGAGUGCGGACGGCCGAGAGCGGCCUCGGGAUUGGCGGGCGGCGGGCGCCAGGCAGGUGUUACUACUGCGGCGCGAGGGAGCGGGCGGAGCCGCCGCGGCCGGACGCCGGGACGCGCCGAGAGGGGCCUGCGCCCCGGGAGCACGGCGUCCUGCCCGCCGCUAUCGCCGCGAGCUCGGGCCGCCACGCCGAACCGUCUCCGGCUGUUCCUUCUGCCACCAUGAGGAGCAUCUUCAAGAGGAACCAGGAGCCCAUGGUGGCUCCCGCCACCACCGCCGUGCCCGCCGGCCCGGCAGACAACUCCACAGAGAGCGGGGGUGCGGGCGAGGGCAAGGAGGACGUGUUUGCCAUGCUCAAGGAGAGGUUCUUCAACGAGAUCGUCAAGCUCCCUCUACCCCCCUGGGCGCUGAUCGCCAUCGCCGUGGUCACGGGCCUUCUGCUGCUCACCUGCUGCUUCUGCAUCUGCAAGAAGUGCUGCUGCAAGAAGAAGAAGAACAAGAAGGAGAAGGGCAAGGGUGCCAAGAACGCCAUGAACAUGAAGGACAUGCGGGGCGGCCAGGACGAUGACGAUGCAGAGACGGGCCUGACGGAGGGCGAGGGCGAGGGCGAGGAGGAGAAGCAGCCUGAGAACCUGGGCAAGCUGCAGUUCUCCCUCGACUACGACUUCCAGGCCAACCAGCUCACUGUGGGCGUCCUGCAAGCCGCGGAACUGCCCGCCCUGGACAUGGGCGGCACCUCGGACCCUUACGUCAAGGUCUUCCUCCUUCCAGACAAGAAGAAGAAAUAUGAGACCAAAGUCCAUCGGAAGACGCUGAACCCCGCCUUCAACGAGACCUUCACCUUCAAGGUGCCAUACCAGGAGCUGGGUGGCAAGACCCUGGUGAUGGCCAUCUACGACUUUGACCGCUUCUCCAAGCACGACAUCAUCGGUGAGGUGAAGGUGCCCAUGAACACGGUGGACCUGGGGCAGCCCAUCGAGGAGUGGCGGGACCUGCAGGGCGGGGAGAAGGAGGAGCCGGAGAAGCUGGGCGACAUCUGCACCUCGCUGCGCUACGUGCCCACGGCCGGGAAGCUCACCGUCUGCAUCCUGGAGGCAAAGAACCUGAAGAAGAUGGACGUGGGCGGCCUUUCAGACCCCUACGUGAAGAUCCACCUGAUGCAGAACGGUAAGAGGCUCAAGAAGAAAAAGACGACGGUGAAGAAGAAGACCCUGAACCCUUACUUCAACGAGUCCUUCAGCUUUGAGAUCCCCUUCGAGCAGAUCCAGAAGGUGCAGGUGGUGGUCACAGUGUUGGACUACGACAAGCUGGGCAAGAACGAGGCCAUCGGCAAGAUCUUCGUGGGCAGCAACGCCACGGGCACGGAGCUGCGGCACUGGUCAGACAUGCUGGCCAACCCCCGCCGGCCCAUCGCGCAGUGGCACUCGCUCAAACCCGAGGAGGAGGUGGACGCGCUGCUGGGCAAGACCAAGUAGGGCCGCGGCCGUGCCCCCUCGAGGCGCCCGGCCCAUCUGUGUGGUCGUGUCCCCCGUCCCCUUUUUAUAAGGACCCUCCCCUCCGACGGCCGUGGGAGGAGGGCCCCCAGAGGUGGCGCGGCCGGCCCGGCCCGCCCCGGGAGCUGUCCCCGCUGCAUGCCCACGCCCCGCUCCUGCGAAGCUGCACCCCAGGCUCACCCCG